GGACAAACUCUGACUGCAACGGACAAUCAAAACUGCUGAACAAAAUUGUCGGUACCCCCCUACCCACCUUUGAGGACUUGUAUGCUGCCAGAACUAAGACAAGAGCAUGCAAAAUGCUCUUGGACCCUCCACAUCCUGGUCACUACCUCUUCCAGCUCCUUCCCUCAGUCGCCUAUGGAGGAGUCGGUCCAUCGUCCCUUCUCAAAAAUUCCCCGGGUGAGUAGAAGAGGACAAAUGCUGAUUUUCACUGCAAAGCGGCCGCCGUUCAUCUUCGUGUCUUGGGAAGUUAUUUGUGGUGGAUGGAUAGAAGCAGCUGAAGUGGUCGUCGUCGCUCCAGCGGACCAGAGGAUACGGUUCAAGCCAAGGAUCUAUUUCUCUCUGAGUUGGCUCUUUUCUGACCUGGGCAGCAAAGUAAUAAGGUAGAGUGUGUUGAUGUUCUAUCUGCACUGUUAUUGUUUUGUUUUUCCACUGUGAAUGGGACCAUGCAAAUAAGAGAGUGGGCGGCUCAGGGUUGUAGAAAGAUAUGAGAAUCGGCUAGGGGAAUUAGCUCAUUGGCAACAGGGACAUGCUGCGUCUUGACCUUGUCUUGUGUGGAUUGAACUAGCAUUGAUGCUGAAGGCUUUCAGACUCAUCACCAGACAGAAUAUGUGCACAAUGCUGUGGCAGGCAUAACUUGUCAUUUGUUCAAGCUAAUAAAUCUAUCAGGACUUCUGUUUGCAGAGGCAAAAAAAAAAUGAUCAGAAAGGAAAUGUCAGCGUAUCUGAUAUUAAACAUUUCGAAUGCAAGACGAGCACAAUACUUUGUGUCGCAUGGAUGAAACGACACUUUUGGUUAUGCAGCCUGGCGUGCACAAUGUAGCCUGCAGAGGACCCAGCACUGAUGGAACAUGGUCGCAAUGCACGAGUGUCCUCUGUGUUCUGUCCUGAGGAACAACAGUGGUCAUUAUUUCACACCAGAUUAAUUUCACUGUGUAAGCACUAGUCUGCAGCCUGAUCCAGUGUAACUAAAUUCUCAAUGCACUUAAAUGUGAUAUUUUCACAUUGUUUAAUUUUUAAAAUGUCUGUAAAAUCUAAGCACAACUAUCUGGAACACGCAUUAGGAGUUCAUUAAUGAGCUCUAGUGGUUUGUUUUGCCGUGUUACUCCGGCUUCCUCCCACGUUACAAAAUCAUGCACGACCCUAAACAGAACAAGUGUUCUGGAAAAUGGAUGGAUUCACUAAAGUCUUUUCAGUAAUGGUGUUUACCACUGUCAAAAAAAACACAUCCUUUUUUUUUGUUGCAUUUAAAAAAAAAACAAAAAAAACUACUACCAAACAGUGACACAUCCUACAGGUCAUGUUGUAGCAAUUUCAUUUUAUUUACUCCGUAGCAGGACUCAAAACAUGACCCUCCAAUUCCAAAGUCCUUACAGGUGAGCUCCAGUUGCUCCUUAUGAUGACUGAUUCAGAUGGGCUGCCCUCCUAUAUGCCAAAUCAAAUCAUUACUUGGCGAAAUUUCUCUUCCAAUCUUUAAGUGAAUGUGAUGCCUCGCUGAAGAAAUAUUAUACAGUCUGCAGUUUUAUCUGGCCAUUGGUUUAUGAAUGAAAGAAAGAACAGCCGGGAGAAGAGUCUCUACCGUCACCAUUCCACUGAGUGCAAUAACUCGGAGCUUGCCAUCAUUCCGGGAGGUUUGACCAAGGAACUCCAACUGCUGGACAUCGGUGUAAACAGGACGUUCAAAGUGAAAUUGCGAGCGGCGUGGGAGCCAUGGAUGACAGAUGGCGAACACAGCUUUACUAAAACUAGGAGGCAGCGCCGUGCGAGUUACGCCACAAUUUGUGACUGGAUUGUGGAUGCUUGGGCUAACGUGUCUGCUUGCACUGUUGUUCGAGCUUUCGUAAAAGCCGGCAUCAUUUCUGAGGAGCCGCACGGCAACGAGACUGACUCCGACAAUGACGAGAGUGUUUGAUGGAGAACUUGCCCAGCUGUUCGUUUCGGAUACAGAACAUGAGGACUUUGAUGGAUUUGUGGAUGAGGAUUGAUCAAAACAUAACGAACCCUCCACACUUUCACAUUAAGGCUUCACAGAAAUGAGCUGCCAAUGAACAACUUCUAGGUCUGGGGGUCUACUAGGGGGUUGGGCCUCCUCGCCAUCAUGAAAGGGCUGGGGACCAGCCAUACCAGACACCUGCCUGACUCUUUUGACCCUUCCUCCGGCCACCUAGAGGCCCUCUUCCCUCAGAAGACCAGCACCAUGCCACGCAGUCCUUAUCUGCUGAGCCCGACAAUGGACCACUAUGGCACAAUGGACCCCCAUCUUUAUCCAUCAGCCAACCCAGGCUCCCUUCCUCCUGAAUGCCUGCUGCCCCUCAACAACCAGCUGUCAAACAGCAGCACCUUCCCCAGGAUUCACUACAACUCCUACGAUCCAUCGGACUUCUCCCCACCUGUGGAAAGCAUUGGUGGAAUAAGAACUGGGACAUUGGGAGCUUCCAUGUCUAUGGGCAUGGGAUCAGGUAUGGGCAUGGCUGAGCUUAGUGGACGAACAUCGAUGAUUACAAGCGGCUCAGCUACUAUAUCACAUCACAUGACAAAGAACAAGACACCUCAAAGUCUUAUGGAGUUUGAUAAACAACUACCUGGCGGUCAGGAUGGCUUCAGCACCUUACAGUUCCAUAGAACAUCUGCAGUAGCUGCAGGGAAACAGCGUACAGACAGUCCUGGUCGCAUUCGUUACAUGCUGCACUCAGUGCAGAAGCUCUUUGCAAAGUCCCAGUCAUUGGAGAGCCACCACAUGAAAGGAAAUAUCAACGGACGGUCCACAGGUAGCGGCGGAGGCUCGUCGACUGACGACGGAGGAAAGCAUAACCGCAGAGCCAAAAGUAAAGAUCGCGGAACUAAAUCGGAAGCAACCGCCAAGCGACGACCACGCUCCAACAUGUCAGGUUACUGGAGUUCCGAUGAUUUGGACAGCAGUGACAUAAGCAGCUUCCACAACACAAUGGCAAUGAUGACUCUAGGACGCCCCACUGGCCAUGAGAGCCAGGAGGGCCAGAGCAGAUACAUUCAUAGCGGCUACAACACUAUCAGCUCAUCUAAAACCAACAAUGACAUGAGGUAUCAGACACUUGCUGCACCGACUAGUGGAGGAGGAAAUGGACCAGGGAAUGUGCUCAUGAAUGAUCAUGACUACAUGAAAGGAGGGUCCUGGUCUGCACUGACUAUGGGCCAGCCAAGGCAAGUGAUCCAGAAGGGCUCGGCCACUCUUGAUAGGUCCUUGCUCAAGUCCAGGUCAUGUCAACAGGAACUUACCUGCAACUACUUACAGGUUGGGCCAAGGGGGGAUUGGAGCAGCUCAUUAGGCCGCAGCGGGCGUGCCAAUGAAAUUCCAUGUCGGCGGAUGCGUAGCGGAAGCUACGUGAAGGCCAUGGCAGACAUAGAGGACAGCGAAGACUCGGAGGGGAGCCCCAAACCUUCGCCAAAGACCGCCGCUCGCCGCCAGAGCUACCUCAGGGCCACACAGCAUUCUCUGAGUGACCAGCUACCCCCACGCAACUGUCUUCCAUCUCUCAGAGAGCUCGCCAAUAACCGAAGCCUAGACAACCUUGACUGCGUUGGGAGUACAGGCUCACCUGUGCCACACUGGGAUGAUGAUGACUUCAGUUAUGCCUGCAGCACUUUGGGCAGACGUAGCUGCAUGGGACAGCUCCGGGACCUGGACAUGAGUCAUCAUUAUGAGGACCGUAGCUCCGACUCCACAUUUUGUGAUUCCCGUUCCCAUUCUCAGGACAACCCAGAUCCUCCGGACUUGCCCAUGCCCACUUGCUUCCGCUCCCGCAGCCACAGCUAUCUGAGAGCCAUCCAGGCGGGCUGCUCUCAAGAUGACGACGUGGCUUCCGUCGACUCAGGCUCGCUCCCGCCAACUGACACCUCUGUUCGCACCUACGGCAGCAGCACCGUCUCUUGCAUCACCACCUCUAAGAAAGCUGCUCCGCCGCCCGUGCCGCCACGCACGACCUCCAAACCCUACAUUUCUGUGACGGUACAAAGCAGCACCGAGUCGUCCCAGGACAAUUACCUGGAGCAUCAGGACCAAAGGUCAGAGGUCAACAGCCAGUCCAGCCACGCGCACAGCAACUCAUCUGACAGUCUUGACAGCACGCGUGCCAACAGCCUGGCCCGGGGAUUACCUCGCCCUCCUCACAUCAUCCCCACUCCCAUCGCCAUCCCCAGAGAGCCGCUCGUCCCCACCACUGCCAACGCUUCCACGGAAACAAUCGACUCAAGCGUAGUCCUGCAUGACUCUACGAAGUCAGGUUUGAGUAAAUCUGCUGACGAGGCUCUUGUGCUCCCCGUGCCCAGACGAAAACUCUCUUCAAUUGGCAUCCAGGUUGACUGUAUACAAGAACUUCCACGAGAGGAGAGCCCACCUUUGGCCAAGUUUCAGUCCAUCGGAGUACAGGUGGAGGACGGGUGGCAGCCCAGUCGCCCUUCUAGUAUGGCCUCCAAACAAGACACGGACACAGAUAAACAGGACAUCCCUGUCAUUCCCCACAUUAGUCAGGCCAAACCCACUGAAAAGAAAGUCAUGGUCAGUAGUGCCAGCCAAUCGUUGAGCUCCCCUCCCGAGCAGGACUCCUUAGAUAACGGUGACACCGCUGGUUACGCUUCCUCCCCUCCAACUCCCAGGCAGUUCCUCAACCGCUCCACCACACGAAGUAGCUCUUCCUCUUUCUCAGAAAGCCUCGACCCGGCGCUGGACCCCUCAUCAUUACCGCCCCCAGAUCCCUGUCUCGAAAGCGGGAAUGGGAGUAGCAGCAUCGCCCCCCAGAGUGUUAGUGGAGGGGGAACACUAUGUCGAAGAGAUGGCCACUGGUUCCUGAAGCUACUGCAGGCUGAGACGGGCCGCAUGGAAGGGUGGUGCCAGCAGAUGGAUCAGGAGACCAAAGACAACCAUCUUUCCGAGGAGGUGUUGGGUAAGGUCCGCAGUGCAGUGGGAAGUGCCCAGCUCUUAAUGUCCCAGAAGUUCCAGCAGUUCCGAGGACUGUGUGAACAAAACCUGAAUGUGAACACCAAUCCGCGGCCCACACCGCAGGACCUUGCUGGUUUCUGGGACCUGCUGCAGCUCUCCAUCGAGGACAUCAGUCUCAAGUUUGAUGAGCUCUACCAUCUCAAGUCCAAUGACUGGCAGCCUGUGCCAUCUGCGGCUGUCCAGUCGCCCCCUGAGCGGAAGGACGAGGAGAAGGCACCUACUCCAGCGUCAAGGAAGGGCGCUAAAGGGCGACCGUCGCUGGGCCGCGAGAAGAGCGUUGACUCCUCUUCCGCCUCUUCUUCGGCUUCGGCGGAGAAGCAGAGGCAAGAGGCCCGCAGGCGUCUGCUGACCGCAAAGAAGGCCGCCUCUUUCCGUCAGAACUCUGCCACCGAGAGCGCAGACAGCAUUGAAAUCUACGUCCCAGAAGCGCAGACGCGCCUUUGAGGCAGACAGUGAGAGAGAGGAAUGUAAGGUCAGAUCAUAGGACAGAUAAGUGUCACUGAAAAAUACCUGCAAAUGGGAGAGAGAGGGGAAACCUUAGCAAUGCAAAUGACAAGAGUGGGUUAGAGUGGGGGGGAAGAGAGGCCAAAUGCCCACUUGACUGGGGUGGGGGUUGACUUAGUGUAUUUUAACUCACUUGUUUGUAGGCUGGUCCUGAAGGCAUCAUACACAUAAAUAUUGAACAUUUGUGUACUUUACUUAUUAUGAAAGCUGCCAAUGAAAACCUCUGUAGAUUAACUUUGUCAUUACUUUUGAUUAAUAUUUAUCAUGAUAAAAAUUAAGUUAAUAACCGUAUUCCUAUCACAUCCUCAAAAUAUAUUUGAAGACUGUUUAAAUCGUUAUUCUAUACUGGAUAUAAGAUCUAUUUAGAGGACGCAGCUGAGCGUUUUUGCUUUUCUGCUUUCCCUUGUCGCCAUCCUUCUCCCCAGACAGGCCAUUUUGUAGCUUUGCACAACAGCGCCUUGUGGCCGCCACCCACACUACACAAUACCAACCUGCUUAUGUCUGUCUUCCUUGUACUGAUUUGUUUACUUCGUUCUUCUUUUGUUUUGUUGAAGCUCAUAGAAGCUGUAGAUGAGGUUCUGAAUAUUUUUAUGAUGUGUGAUACGAUGAAUGCCAAUUCUGAAGGGGUAUUUAUAAAGUUUUUAGCACCUAACUCUAUGUCCAAAUGUUUGGUCAAAGUGCGACGGAAAGAAUUUAUACAGGUUAGGUUUUUUUUAACGGUUUUCAAUGAACACGUAUCUCCAUGUGAUGAGAAUCUCAAAACAGUAUUUUCAGGUUUGCAAACAUCAGUAAUAACAAUUGCCACCAUGUGUUUUCUUUAGUGAUUGUUUUCUUCAAACUCCCUGUUCAACGCUUCCCCAAGUAUAUUCAGGGCUUUUAGAAGCUAGGCUGAGUAUGCAGGAUAACUUUUUUUUUUUUUUCUUUUCUUGCCUGCUCAACAUUCAUGACUUGUGUUUAGAAGUCCUUUUUUUAUUAUUAUUAUACAUGUCUCGAAAAGCUGUUUUUUUAUUAUUAUUAUUAUUAUCGCUCAGUCAGUCGUAUUUCUGUGCAACUC